AUGUUCAAGUUGGUGGUGUUGUUCUCCGUGCUCGCUUUGGCCGCUGCCAAGCCCGAUGUAUGGGCGCCCUUCACUUACAACACGGUACCUGCUGUAAGCUCUGUGUCCCAGUACAGCGGCAACGUUUAUCAUGGAUCCCCAGUCGUACCUACUUAUUACAACGCCCAAUACUCAUACUAUCCAGCAACUGCCGGUGUGCACCAUCUCGCCAAGCGUUCCGUCGUCCCCUUCUCUUACAGUUCAGUUGUUAGCCCUGUAACUCCAGUCUCUAGUUACCACGGUGUUGUAUCUCCGUUAGGCUACUCUUCACCCUUUGUCUCUGCCUACUCCGCUCCAUACACCCACGCCUACUCAUACCCUGCUGUAGUACCCAAAGCUCUCUCCGUGCACCCAUGGUAAAUCGACCUAAUCACGAACGAUAAUAUUUGAAUGUGUUAUAUAACGGUUGUAAUGUACCCAUCGAUAAGUCAGUAAUGCCGAAAUAAAUGAAUCAUGAAAUUAAA